AUGGAAGAGAAGCAGAAGCAAAAGGAGCAGAAGAACACCACGGACGCAGCCACGGCGACGGUGACGGCGACGAGUUAUAAUGAGCAUAACUUGGACACGAGCAAAGCCGAGAGAGCUGUUUGGCUUCUGAAAUGCCCUCCCAUUGUCUCUCGCUCUUUACAAAAAUCUCCUUAUUUUUCUUCUUCUUCUUCCUGUGAUUCUUCUUCUCUUCCCAUCGCCAAGGUAGUCCUCUCUAUCGACCCUCUUAAUCCCAGCGAUGCUACUAAGUUCACCAUGGAAUUGGAUGGCACAGAAUCUGGCAAUUCCCCCAAGAGUUAUUGCAUGGACAUGUAUACCGAUUUUGUCCCUAUGUCCGUGUUUUCGGAGUCUUCAAAAGGAAAUCUGUCUGUGGAGGGGAAAAUUCUGCACAAAUUUGACAUGAAGCCACAUGAUGACAACAUUGAAAACUACGGAAAGCUUUGCCGCGAACGAACUAAACAAUAUAUGACUAGAAUGAGGCAGAUUAAGGUGAUUGACAACGACAACGGCGCUCGUAUGAGGCCUAUGCCAGGGAUGUUGAGCAUUGCUUCUGAUAAGAAGAAAAUGACGACGAAGGGGUCUGACACCAGACGAAUAAGGCGGGAUCGCCGGGAAAUGGAAGAGAUCAUGUUUAAGCUCUUUGAAAGGCAACCAAAUAGGUCUUUAAGACAACUGAUCCAUGAGACGGACCAACCUGAACAAUUUCUAAAAGAGUUACUCAAAGAUCUGUGUGUCUACAACAACAAAGGAGCUAAUCAAGGGACAUACGAGCUGAAACCAGAAUACAGGAAAUCAAACGAGUAG